UGCGUCCUCUUUGCGUCUGCGUAGUUCGCUCAUCUCCCUUUCUGCCUCCGCUGCCGCCAUGGCUCCCGUGAAAAAGCUUGUGGCGAAGGGGGGCAAAAAAAAGAAGCAGGUUCUGAAAUUCACUCUUGACUGCACCCACCCUGUAGAAGAUGGAAUCAUGGAUGCUGCCAAUUUUGAGCAGUUUUUGCAAGAAAGGAUCAAAGUGAACGGCAAGGCCGGGAACCUGGGUGGAGGGGCGGUGACCAUCGAAAGGAGCAAGAGCAAGAUCACCGUGACGUCCGAGGUGCCUUUCUCCAAAAGGUAUUUGAAAUAUCUCACCAAAAAAUAUUUGAAGAAGAAUAAUCUACGUGAUUGGUUGCGCGUAGUUGCUAACAGCAAAGAGAGUUACGAAUUACGUUACUUCCAGAUUAACCAGGACGAAGAAGAGGAGGAAGACGAGGAUUAAAUUUCAUUUAUCUGGAAUAUUUUGUAUGUGUUCUUGAAUAAAACUUAGGAACCAAAAUGGUGGUUUAUCCUUGUAUCUGUGCAGUGUGGAUUGAACAGAAAAUGGAAAUCAUAGUCUCAAAGGGCUUCCCUUGGUUCCCCACUCACUUAUUUGUAACUUCUUUUUUUUUUUCUGCUUGAAAAUUUCAGUUCUUGAGGUAAUACCAGAGUAGGAGGGGGUGACUUGACGGAACUGACAGCCUUGGGGAGGCACAUGAGGGUGUGGGGGUGUGGGCUGAAGGGAGUGGCUGUUACUUAAAAAGUGUGACUGUCAAUUGUAUCUGUUGCUUUUCGCAAACAAUGAUUCAGGAUACGAGUGGGCUCCUCUCAUUCAUUAAAAGAAAACGUGACAACUUUCUAAGAUUCUCUGUGGGAAAAAGUGUCAAUAAAAUGCAGGUUUUUGGG